CCAAUAAAAGAUGUAUUUGAGAAGGAAUUCAACAAGAAUGUAAAAAGAAGAAAAAUUGUCAAGAAACCAUAUGCAAAACAAAACAAAAUCUAUAACACAACUGUUUUUUUUUUUCUGUAAAUAAAACUACAUAAAAGAAACAAUGGCAACAUUGAAAAGACAACGUUUAAAAAUCACUAUAACGAAGAUUAAAAUGAGUUCAUCUCUAAAAAGCAAAAUUGAAAUAACUUACUUAAAAAUUUUAACUUGGUUGCUUAUUGCGAUAAUACUACUUUCAAUUGCAGUAAUUGCACUUAUAAGACUUUGCAAAAAAAAAAUUCUUAAAAAUAAACCUGCUAGCCGUUUAUUGAACUCUAUUGUAAAUUAUAGAAAAGAUCCUUUUGAUGACUUUGUUCCUUCAGAAGUUGAAUAUUUGACUGUUGUCAACGAAGAUAUUGAAACUCCGCCAAAUAAUUUUAGCUUGGAAAAAAAAAGUCUAAAAAAAGACCAUGUCAAAGAAAACAAAAACAACACUCGAAAGAUACGUGCUCCUCAAAUAUGCUUUCAAUUUAACUACGAUAUACGAAAAAAUGAGCUCGAAGUUUAUCUUAUUCGUGGAAUAAAUUUGCCCAAGUACGUAAACCAAAAUAUUGUUGUCAGUUUGAUGUUAUCAAACAAUUCUUCUGUCUAUUAUAGUAAUUACGUUGGCGGACCUGAUCCCAAUUUCAAACAACGUUUCCGUUUUCCAUUAGAGUCCACUAGAAUAUCUGAAGAUCCUCCGUUACGCGUUAAGUUUAACAUAUGGACAGUUGAUCUUUAUUCUAAAAAAAGCCCUUAUGGUUAUGUUUCAGUAUCUUUAGAAGAAAUCUUUGUAACGUAUGGGUUGACUCCAACACAAGACAAAGGUAUAGUGCGGAAAGAUGUUAUUCAAAGUACGAAUCUGGUAGACGAUCAUAAUUCUGCAGAAGUAUACAUUCACACAACCUAUCUUGCAUCUGCUCAACGAUUUAGCGUCGUUUUAAGUCAAGCAAAAAAUCUUAACAUUGAUCCAUUUAAUAAAGAAAUUCAAGGUAGAGUAACUUUAAUUCAUUUGCAUUCUGAAAGAAAAACAUAUUCGACGGAUUUGCUACAAGCUAAAAAACACGUCAACUUCAAUGAAGAAUUCGUCUUUCAAUUAACCGAUCUUGACAUACGUACAACGGAAGGCAUUGAUUUUAAAAUUGAGAUUCUCAGUCGAAUAAAAAAAACUUUUAGUAAACCUAUAGUUAUUGGAAACUUCUUUAUUGGUACCUCAAUUAGUUGCGGUAGGUUUGGAAAUGAGCAUUGGAAGGCAAUGAUGUCAUCGAAUUCAACAAUAUCUAGAUGGCAUCAAUUAAACCCAAAUUAAAACACAAUAUUACAUAAUUUUGUAGAUAGUCCAAUUAAUUUGAUCGAUUCAAUGAAUUAAAAUUUAUCUUUAUUA